AAUAAGUUUGAAAAUUUCACUAUUACCAUAGUAUCACUUCUACUACUUUAACAAAAUGUUUAAGUUUACAUUCGUGGUUUUGGCUGCUUUCCUUUUGGUUGCACCAGCUUUCGGCAAAGUGUACAACCGUUGUUCAUUGGCCAGGGAAAUGCAUAGACUUGGUGUUCCCAAGGACGAAUUGGCACGUUGGACUUGUAUUGCUGAACAUGAAUCUGCCUACAAUACUAAGGCUGUUGGUUCAAUGAACUCUAAUGGUUCCCGUGACUAUGGCAUUUUCCAAAUUAACAACUACUACUGGUGUUCUCCUCCAUCUGGUGCUUUUUCUUACGAUGAAUGUCAUAUUAAAUGUGAAGACUUCCUUGUUGAUAGUAUUGAACCUGCUGUUAAGUGUGCCCGUUUAGUUUUGAAACAACAAGGCUGGUCUGCCUGGUCUACCUGGAAAUACUGUGACGGUAGAUUGCACAGUAUUGAUGAUUGCUUCUAAAUAAUUGUAUUUGAAAAUAAUAAAGAAAACCGGUUAUAAAAU